UUUCCCAUGAGCAAACAUUAUAAAUGCUGGUGCAAUCAGACGAUAGCCAUUCCUCUCUAAAGUCAAUCUUUUGCUCUGCCCACCUUUACUUUGUCACACACCCCCUCUCCUUCUCGCUUUAGCUCACCUCUAGCUCUCCCUUUCAGCACUCUUACCUUCUCUCACUUACUCUCUUUCCAUUCUCCGGAUCCCUGCUGCUGUCAGAGUACCUUCUUGCUUCCAGACACUUCAAGACAGCAGGAGGCAAGAGAAGCACUAAACUGACAAACAGCUGGGUCAUCAUGCAGGUUAUAAGAAUCCAGUUAGUGGUGUUUAUACAAUUUUUUGCUAUCUUUAUAGUAGGUACAGAAAGCCAGUGUCCUAGUCCAUGUCACUGUCACGGUGACCUACAGCAUGUUAUCUGUGACAAUGUCGGCUUAAAGAAGAUCCCUCGCAUCACUGAGGCCACUCGCCUCGUCAACCUGCAGCACAACAACCUGGGUAUGCUCCCAACCGGGGGCUUCAGCGAAAUGAAGGGUCUCGUCUCCCUUCACCUGCAGCACUGCCAGAUCCGUGAGAUUGCCACUCAGGCCUUCAAGGGCCUCAAAAAGCUCAUUUACCUUUACCUUUCUAACAACGAAAUCAGCAGCAUAAAACCUGGAGCCUUUGAGGACCUAACUGAGCUCACCUACCUUUACCUGGAUGGGAACCAAAUCUCAAGUCUUUCAAAAGGCAUUUUCUCCCCCAUGAUCAACCUAUUUAUCCUACAGCUUGAUAACAACAAGAUCCGAGACCUGCAAACAGGUACCUUUGUUGGUGCUAAGGACCUUCGCUGGCUGCAUAUCAGUAAUAAUGAGCUAAGGUCUAUGCAGCCUGGCUCUCUUGAUGAAGUGGAGAACCUGGCCACUCUCACUCUGGACCAAAACAAGCUGUCAUUAUACCCUAUCGAGGCCAUGAGCAAGCUACGUGUUGUUGAGGAGCUUAAUUUGUCCAAGAACCCACUCACCUUCAUUCCUGACUAUGCAUUCAGGAGCUUUGGACGCUAUAUUGAGAAACUGUAUCUUAAUGAUAUGGGCCUGGAGAAGUUUUCCAACGCAGCUUUUGAGGGUGUGACAGCUCUAAGAUCUUUGCAUCUUGAGAACAACAAGCUGAGGAUCCUACCAAGCAACCUGGUUUUCACCAACAUGCAGAAUCUCACCCUGUUCAACAACCCAUGGAGCUGCACCUGCAAUCUAGCCAACCUUAGAAAAUGGAUGGACUCCAGUCAUCAUCGUCCUGAUGCAAUUUGUGCAUCACCUCCAAGUCAGAAAGGGAAGCAGAUCAGAGACAGCACUGCCUUUAGCAAGUGCAAAAUAAAGAAAGACAAGAAGGGAUCACGUCACUGAAAAGGAGACUCAGAGGAAAUGUCUGUCCAGGGGACUGGCCUCAUGUCCAAACAACAGACACAAAGCUACUUUCUACUUCAGGACUGUUCAUUUUCUUUCAAGUUCUAUAAAAUGGCAUGCAUAUGAACAUUCAAUUUAUAACAAAUAAAAUGACAAGCAAAAGUAUGUGUCAAGAAAACAGAUUAAUUCUACACUACACUUUAGAGACACAGAGAGCUAUACACAUGCUGUGACCCUACUCUAAACAUUGAGGAUUUUAGAUGUAGCUGUAGUAACAUUUAUAAUGUCAAAAUAACAGAGCUGGAAUUUCUUAAUCCUCAUGAGGCCCCACUGUCCUCAUACGAGGACAUCACAUUUUCUCCCAACUACAUUGUGUGUAUAUCCUUGUAAGAUUCUCAUAUAGGGACCUUUUACUCUUGUGGCAAAUGACUUCCUGUUUGAAGACAAUGAUCAAGUUCAAAAGUUUACAGAAAAUUACAACACACAUAAAAUUAAAGUUUGGGUCUAAGAAGGCUGUAGGUCUUCCUAGAAACAUAGAGUAACACGUGUGAUAGCCACCUAUUCAAUAUCAACAGAAAACUGCAUGAUGUACUUAAUGAAGUACUUUGCCUUUGACUAUAAACCCUGGCAAAAAUGAUGGAAUCACCACACAUGCUCACCCGGCUUUUUCACUUCGUAGCAAAUGAACAAAUCACAGAUUUGACACAAAACAAUUUUUGUUUAAUAGCCGUUUAAAAAUAUUAUGGUUUUUUGAAAUAUACCUAAUUAUGUAAGUAAUGAAAUAAACUAUUCUCUAUCAAGCUGGUUCCAAAUUUCUCGAAUAGUGGUUGACAGAUCAGUCUUGCAGGAUGGAGCCUAGUCAUGGACCAAUUUUUUUUUUCCAUUUCCACCAUAAAUUUUCAAUCGGAUUGAGAUCCAGACUGUGUGCUGGCCAUGUCAUUCCAUAAUUUUUUCCUCUACUUGAUCUGAAUGAAAAAAAUGCCAUUAAUUAAAAUAAUUUCAUUUAACUUGUUUGAGGCAUGUUUCACAAAGCCAGAAUGUUGAGCUAUUAAACAAAAAUUGUUUUGUGUCAUAUCUGUGAUUUGUUCAUUUGCUACGAAGCCAAAAAAGCCAGGUGAACAUCCUCCAUGUGUGAUGAUUCCAUAAUUAUUGCCUUAAAUCUGUGAUUAGUAUUAAAGUUUGAAGCAUAAACACAUGGCACUGCAUGAAUGACCCAUAACAGUACACAAAGAUGUGCAGUACAAAGUCCAAAAUACACUAUGAAAAGCAAUCAAGUCAUGGAUAAAUAUAAAAUUCUCAUAAAAUGCUGCUUUAUAGUGCUUUUCCAUUCCAAUAAAAAAGAGCAUACUCUACCAACAGGAAGUUGAAAUGUAGAAAGAAUAUUUGGAAAAUUAGAUUUUUUUUCUUUUUUUUUGGCCAAAUAGCUGCAUGGCACACUACUAUGUACAUUUACAGAUUAUACAAUUUCUUAAACUUUGUGUAAUAAGUGAUUAUCACUUUUUCAAUAAACAACCAAUCUAAAAAACAAAAUGUGUGUGAUUUUUGUCACUGGAUGCAACAAAAAUGUAAACAGGUCAAAAACACUAAAUGUCUUUCUGCUCUAUCAAACGAUCCUCGAUUAGAAUUUUUUAUUUUUAUGCAUGACCCAGACGACGAUGUUUUUGUACAUGGCAUCCCUUGUUUUGUUUUUUUAGCAGAAAUGCUAAAAACAGGUAGCACAAUCGCAUAAUUGAUGAGAAAAUAAGAACUAUCUAAGAAUGGAUAAAGGGACGUGGAGUCUAAUAUAUGAUUAUUAUAGCAGCAUAA